AUGAACAUCGCCGGGCACAACAAGAAACAACGUCCAUUGAUGCCGACGCGAGAACACGAGGCGAUCGACGCGACGAAAAUCAACGCGUACAACGAGACCGACAGCGAGUCCGAUUCCACGGAUCCUUCGUUCGCGGAUUCCGACCCCGAGUCACGAAAAGACAACGCGGACGAAUCUCCGACGAAGUCGAAGAAGAAGAAAAAACGAAGGUAUUUAACAAUAUGCACGAGCAACUGCAAGUACGAGGUGGUGAGACGCGUGGCGGGGCGUUACGGAAUGAAAGAGGUCACCGAGGACAGCAGCUGGAACUUAUAUUGGACGGACCUGAGCGUGAGCGUGGAACGUGCCAAGGACAUGAAGAGGUACCAGAAGGUCAAUCAUUUCCCUGGGAUGACGGAGAUCUGCCGAAAGGAUCUGUUGGCGCGUAACCUGAAUCGGAUGCUGAAGCUGUUCCCGAAAGAUUACAAUUUCUUCCCGAAGACCUGGUGCUUCCCCGCGGACCACGGAGAAGCGAUGGCCUAUGCGAAACUGAGACGCUCGAAAACAUUCAUUAUCAAGCCGGACACGGGUUGUCAGGGACGCGGGAUUUACUUGACCCGGAACUUGAAGGACGUCAAACCUACCGAACGGAUGAUCUGUCAGGUGUACGUGGCCAGGCCCUUUCUAGUCGACGGCUACAAAUUCGACCUUCGUAUCUAUGCUCUGAUCACCUCGUGCGACCCUCUCAGAGUGUACGUGUACAAUGACGGUCUGGCUAGGUUCGCCACGAGCCGAUACAAGGAACCGACCGGUCACAACACCUCGAACGUUUUUAUGCAUCUAACGAACUACGCCGUGAACAAGCACAGCCGUAUGUACGUUAUCGACGACGAAGUGGGCAGUAAAAGAAAGAUAUCCACGCUGAACAAAUGGCUGAAGGUGAAGGAGGUCGAUGUGGACGAGCUGUGGUGCAAAAUCGACGAGGUUAUAAUAAAAACGAUCCUGGCGGCGUAUCCGAUCUUGAAGCACAGCUAUCACACGUGCUUCCCGACCCAUGACAAAACGUACGCGUGUUUCGAGCUGCUCGGCUUCGACGUGCUGCUCGAUUGGAAACUGAAACCGUAUCUUUUGGAGGUGAACCAUUCACCGAGCUUCCACACGGACGCGCAAAUCGACAAAGAUAUAAAAGAGGGUUUACUGAUGGACACAUUCGCGAUGCUCAAUUUGCAACAAUGCGACAAAAGGAAGAUCAUCGAGGAGGACAGGAGGCGUGUCAGGGAUCGAUUGCUUCAAGGGAUAACCUGCAAGGACGGCAGACAGGAGGAGGAUUUCCUGGGACGGCAGUUUCAAUGGGAGGACGAGCAUAUCGGUAACUUUCGUCGAAUCUAUCCGUCAAAAGAUAUGGAGAAGUACGAACCUUUCUUCAAGCAGAACAGCAUAUCCGUGUUCCAAGACACGGUGGCGUCGCGAGCGCGGGAGGAAGCCUCGCGGAUCCAGAAAGAGGAAAACGAGGCAAAGCUCAAGGAACAGGAGACCAAAAGAAUCACCGGUAAAUGGAGCGAUUCGAAAGUACACCCGGAAAGUCCAAACGUCGCGUCCAAACCGUUGAAUCGGGAGAGGAGCAAAUCCGCGGUCCUGUCCAAGAAACUUCCUUCGAACACGAAAAAGCAGAGUUUAAAUACCCUUUCCCCCGUUAACACAUUGUACUCGUUCGAGCCGGAGAUUAUCUGCGAGUCCGAGGAAAGGGAACGUGUCACGGCGUUAGCUCAGCGGGACUUUUUGAUCAAGAGCUACGGCAUGCUCGAGCAGAUCUACAUGGCGAUGAAAAGGAACGGCACACUGCGUGCAAUCGACGAGAAGAAAUACGGGCUCUACGGAAGGCUGGGUCACGCGGACAACGGGGCCAAGAGCGCCAUCUCGUGCAGACAUAAAUGCCACCACCGUAACCAGCAAAACACGACGGAGACGAAUCACUCGUCGCAGUAUUGUUUGAAAGCAAGUGAAUCAUAUAUUUGUAAAAAGUUGUCCGACGCGUUUACAGAUCUCAAAGUGACCUGCAACGAGGCGCCGGUGUUCGUUCGACCGAGAAUACCGAGGAAAUUCUGGAUGGACGAACUCAACUCGAACGAUCGAACCGGCCGUAUCACGAGGACCCACGUCGUUCGUAUGCUGUCGAACGUGGUGCGUCUUCACACCCUCGAGAAACGAAGCUCGCUGAACAUGACAAAAUUUUAA